AGUUCUAGCUUUUACAAAAAAACUGAAAAAGUUGCUGUAACUAUGGAAUUCAAUAUGUCCAACGUUGUACACAGUUUCUCUGAGUUUUUUGCAACCCUUGGUUUGCCGACAGUUUUGAUAUUCGUGACAGUGUUGUUGUUAAGUCUGUGGAUGUUGUCGUCGAGGAAUCCUAGGGUGAACUGGCCGCCCGGACCUGUCUGUUUCCCCGUGGUGGGAUGUCUCCCUCAGCUGAUGAUCAGCGGUAGAAGACGACAGCCGACAGAUCUUCUUCCAUGGUAUGAUACAUACGGAGAUAUCAUGCACAUCAAACUUGGUGAACAACACAUGAUAAUGCUGGGCACAUAUGAGCUGAUAGAAGAGGCUUUUGUGAAGAAUACAGCCACAGUCAGUGCAAGGCCUACUUGGAUAUAUCUUAUAAGACGAUUAGUUGGAAAAGACGGAGCUGGGGUUGCAUUAAAAAACGGACAUGCAUGGAAGGAGCUGAGGAGAUUCACGCUCUCGUCUCUUCGAGAUCUCGGCCUUGGGAGAAAAAGUUUGCAAGAAAAAUUCAGGAUGAAGCCAGAUACUUGGUGCAAAACAUUGAAGAUGAAAAUGGAAAGGCUUUCUCUCCCAGCGCCAGGAUUGGGAAAGCUGUCAGCAACAUUAUUUCUUUCAUUGUGUUCGGAGCUAGAUAUGACUAUAAUGACACGCCCGAGAUGCUACCAGUGUUGGAGGACUAUAUGAGACUAGGUCAAGGGGCAUUGUCCCUCACCAACUUGGGCCGCUUUCUUAUACCGGAGGAGAAAUUCGUCCUCAUGGAUAAAUUUUACAGUUUGGUAAGACAGGAAGUAGAACGACAUCGCCAGUCCUUUGAUCCAACUGACAUCCGGGACUUCAUUGACCUCUAUAUAAAGGUCACUCGAGAGGGACAAGAUCCAGAGAUUUACACAGAAUGGAACGUGUUCCGAAUCAUUGUUGAUCUGUAUAUGGCUGGAACCGACACAACAGCUAAUACUUUGAGAUGGUCCCUGGUUCAUAUGGUAAAUCACCCGGGUGUACAGAAGAGGGUACAGCAGGAAAUUGAUCAGGUCAUAGGUCAAGGUCGUGUUGCCAAGAUGGAGGACAAGGCCAGGAUGUCGUUCACUGAAGCAACCAUACUGGAGGUCUUUCGCAUGUCUACUGUUGUUCCCUUUGGUAUUGCCCAUGCAACGAGCGAGACAACAAUUCUGGGCGGAUACACCAUUCCCAAGGACACCGUAAUACUGGGGCAUUUCUACCGGGUUUUUCACGAUAAGAAUAACUUCGAGGAACCUUACAAGUUCAAACCAGAAAGAUGGCUUGAUGGCGAUGGUAAAGUGAUCAAGUCGGACAAAAUGAUACCAUUUUCCAUAGGGCCCCGUAUUUGCCUGGGCAAGGGACUGGCUGAAAUGGAAUCGUUCAUUUUCUUCACCACGUUGCUUCAGAAUUUCACCUUCAAGGUACCAGAGGGAGAGAACCCGCCCAGUGAAGUCGAGGGUCUGAACACGUCCACGUUUGCGCCAUAUGACUACAGAGUGCGCGCUGUUAGACGCUAAAAUAAAGUAACAUGGACCCAGACAAUAAAC